AUGCCGAAGCACAAGCCAUCUUAUCAACAGCUCGUGCGCGUCUUUGGUGAGGAUACGUUUUCGUGCGACGCGUCGAUGGUCUUCUGCAAAGCUUGCUCAAAGGGAUUUCCAGGAGCAAGAAAGUUCACGUUGGAACAACACGUGAAAACUUCUCUCCACAAAGAGUCGUUGCAACGGCACAGUAGCCGACAGCAACUGCUCUCCGAUGCUCGCGGGGAUCGACCCAAAAAUGACUUCUCCAUGGAACUCUGCACCGCGCUUGUGAAGGCUGACAUUCCGUUGCAUAAAGUGUCACAUCCCGCCUUCAAAGAAUUCUUAGAGAAGCAUACGUCGUUCAAGGUGCAGGACGAGUCAACUCUUCGCAGGAGCUGCCUGCCUCUUAUAUACGAUAGCAGCCUCCGACAACUUCAGCAGGAAAUAGGUGACUCCGACAUCUGGGUUGGCACCGACGAAACCACCGAUAGCAAAGGGAGAUGUAUCGUAAACGUAACCGUGG